GGAACGGUGGCAAGAUGGCGUCGCUGAAGGAGGAGCAGUGCUACGGACUGUCCUGUGGAAGAGUGAGCAACGGCUGCAACAUCACCGUCUUUCACGUCAAACUCACUGACAGCGCGCUGAGGGCGUUCGAGGGCUUCCAGAGCGGCAAGGUCCUGUCAUCGCGGCCAUUGAUCAGGUUUAAUGGAAACCAAGGGAAAAUUUCAAUACCACGGUCAGAAAAUUCCAGUGAAUUACACACGUUUUCUUUCGAGCUGUCAAAUGUGGGCAGAGAUAACCCUCAGUGCAGCUUUGACUGCAUCCAGCAGUACAUCACCAGUGAAGGGAGUAUUCAGCUGGAUUGCUUGGGUGGGAUCCAGGACAAAAUUACAGUACGAGCCACCGACGACUCCUACCAGAAGGCCAGAGAAAACAUGGCCCAGGUUGCAGAGGAGACCCGCAGUAAAAGUGUUAUUGUCAUUAAGCCUGGUGGAAGAUACUCAGUUAAAAAAGUUCAGAUCCGGAAACCGGCACCUGCCCUCUCUGAUGUUGCCCCUUCACGGAGGACGUCACGGCCUGUCCUCAUCUCUAGCAGUACACUAAAGAAAGGCACAAGUCCGCAUCGACCUCUUCGUGAGCGCCUCAUACACCUGUUGGCCCUCAAGCCUUACAAAAAGCCUGAGCUGAUCCUGAGGUUACAGAAGGAUGGCCUCUCGCUGUUGGAAAAAGACUCCCUCGACAGCCACCUGCAACAGGUUGCUAACCUGUCUGGGAGGGAAAACACCUUCAUAUUGAAGGACUUUAUAUAUAAGGACAUCCAGAAGGAUUGGCCAGGGUACACAGAGGGAGACCAGCAGCUUGUCAAGAGAAUUCUUUGCAGGAAACAACCCCAGAGCGGCUCUGCACCUCCACCCGAGAGUCCCCCGAAAGAGUCUGCUGGUAGUUCUCCAUCUCAGAAACGGCCGGCUGCUGACUUCAUCGACCCUCUUGCCAACAAAAAACCCCGGAUAUCGCACCUCGCCGCUAAGGCUGCAACAACUACAGUGAAUGGCAAACUCAGCUCUUCCAAUGGGAGAGGAGAGGCAGGUGGAGCGCAGACGGGAGCAGCAGUGUCCGUGUCCGAAGGAGGCACCACAUCCAGCUCCCAGCACCUUCCUGUGCUGGACAUCCCUCGUCCUUUCGAAGCACUGUCGGACGUCAGCAAUGACUCCAGCCACAACGGGCGCGACUGCGACUCUCAGGAAAUAGCAGUAUCCGAGAGGCUCAGUCAACCCCCUUCGCUCUUCUCUGCGCCAACAGUCGCCUUUGCACCUCCUAGCAUCAGCAUGUCAUCCCCCGGGCAUUCAGUCCUGGAGCCCCUACAGGACAAGAGUUCCUCGUCUUUGAACAACAAGUCCAGAAAGAAAUCAAAAAAGCAUAAAGACAAGGAGAGGAGCAAGGACAAGGAAAAAGCAAGAGAAAAGGAGAAGGCAAAGAAGAACCGUGAGGAGCAUGUGCCUGAGCCUGACAGAGCCUGUGAGAUGAGCCUAGGGAACUUCAAAGGCAACAUUAUUCCACUUAAAAGCACAAAUCUGAACGGAAUGUGCAACAAUACCAGUAUUCCUUCAUCAUCUCCUGAGGUGGCAGACUAUUUAUUGAAGUACACUGUGAUCAGCUCUCCAGAGCAGCGUCAAAGGUAUAAAAAUGAUUUCAACGCAGAAUACAGUGAGUACCGGGGCCUGCAUGCUCGAAUAGAGUGCAUCACCCGUCAGUUCACAGUGCUUGACAACGAGCUGAAGCAGCUCCCACAAGGCACAGACAAGUACAAGACAAUCCACAAUCAGAUACUUGAAGAGUAUCAUAAAAUAAAAAAGACUAAUCCAAACUAUAGCCAAGAGAAGAACCGCUGUGAAUAUCUACACAAGAAACUGGCACAUAUAAAGAAACUUAUUGCGGAGUAUGAUCAACAGCAACUUUAAAAGUAGUUAUUAUACACUGUUUCCCUUUCAUCGCUGGAAACGAGCAGAUAAAGGAGAACUCUGGAUUCCGCUUGUUAACAAAAAUGCCAUGAAGGGAGUAUUCCCCUCAUUAGGGCUGAAGGCUCUAGUGGGGGCUAAACAGGACGUGCGAUGUGUUGGUUUUUUUCCUUUUUUUUUCCCCUUUUCUUUUCCUUUAAAGAUGGGGCUGUUCCUACUGUAGCCAGGUCUGUCAGUGUAAUUACAGUGCACCCAGAAAGGUAGUUUCUAUGUGGCUUUGUCCCGAACAGCCCACCCUGCUUAUAGUGCACAGAGGUCUGAAAGAGCCACACUUGGAAACCUUCCUUCUUUCUUGGGAGAUUUUCCACUUAAUCUUUCCUGCUUUUGAAACUGGAGGGAAGGGGGCACGGAUAUGAAAAACGGAGAUUGUACACUAAAUGCAUUUAAUUUGUUUUGAGUUUUAAGGAGAAAAAAGUGAGUGAAUGAUGCAUUAGUUUUCUCCACAUUUUCAAAUAGAAUGGUUGUGAAACUGAACCUGUUUCUUUGUUCUUAUUUAUUUUUGACACUUAACUGGGGGGAAAUAAUCUAUUUUACACUCCUCGGUAAUAGUACUUAAAAGCUGUGUCACUUGUUUUCAGUUCACACUUCUUGAAUGUCUGCCAGUAUUUUAUUCAGAAGCUGCCUUUCCCAUCAGUUUGUCAGUCUGUUGGUGAUUUUUUUUUAUUAUUUUUUUUUUUCUCUCCUGAAGAGAUGCAGAUAUUGCUGUUGAUUAAAUCAAGAAAAAUGCACAAAGUCAUAUGCAGAUUUUUGCUCUUGGCUUUCGGAAAUCAUAUAGAGAUGUCUUAACAGAGGAGGUUAGGUUUUCACGGUAGGGCUGUAGAUUUUCUUUGAAAGCGGUCUCCUUUCAGUCAUGAUGAGCUGCAGCGCUUCUUUCAGCAGUGUUCCUCAUUUAUGUUUGAUAAAAAAAAAAAAAAACAAAGAAUAAAAAAAACUUUAGUUGGCUCUUAAUUGAUUUGUCUUUCAGGUUUAGUUCAUGGUGGCUCUAUGGCAGCAAAACAAUUAUCAAUCCAGUUUAUUUCCAUUGUUACUCUUCAUCACUAAAUAGGAUCCUCUUAUCUGAGGAAGUAGUAGUAGUAGACUGGAGGCGGAUCUGUUCAGCCUUUUUUUUUUUUCUUCUUUUUCUCUUGUCCACAGAUCUAAUAUCCUGUAACUCAUGCGUUAAAUGAAUGUUUACUAUGCCUAUAAAAAAAAAAAAAAGAUUAUGUUUUUGUCUGCUAUUCAGCCCACCCGCUAAACCAUUUGCUAUGACUGUUAAGAUGAAGCCAUCUUUGUUAAACCUCUGAGUGAAGCCUGGUGGUCGUCCUCGAGGAGGACCAGUUUUUGCCUUUUCAAAUGUGAUGUCACACAUAACCGACGAACGGACCCUUAAACCGAUUGCCUGAAUUGGCUCCUCUCUCUCUGACAAGCAAAAGGGCGAGUCAGCUUUAGUCAGCAAAUGCAUUUCUUAUAUUGAUCUUAUUAUGUGAAAAUGAAAAGUCAGCACUUUUAUUUUUCCUCUAGAUCUUGCUGUUACGGAGGGGUGGGGGGUGGGAGUGCAUGCUAAAUGAAUGUUACGAUCUUUGUAUAUUUAAAAAAAAAAAAAAAAAAAAAAAAAAAGAAAAAACUGUCCGAGUGUAUCAAAAUCUAAGCAAAGGCCGAGUCCAACUGAAUUUGUGUAAUUAAUAAGACAUGGCUUUGACCAGCAUUUAUACCAAAGUGCUUACCGAGUAGGAUGCCACAAAAUGCUCUACCAAAUGUUGGCAAAGGAAAAUGGUGCAGUAUUCUCUACUUCCUGUUAUAAUGUCUUCAGUUUGUGUUAUUUACCAUUCAGUGGGACGUUUCUCAGUGUUUUUAUUCUUACUUGAGAGACAUCAGAGGAGGCUAUUUUGCUUCACAGAAUUGUAUUGUUAAUUUUAUGGUAACACUACAUUAAGUUCAAAGCUCAAACACUCAUCCCCACAGACCUGAAUGCUACUGGAGCUGGACGAGAGAUGCAAAGAGUUAACACGACCUUGCCCAGUACCAAAACUUUUUAACAAAGAAGCGUCACCCAUAUUAGUGUAUUUAAUUUUCUGCAAACACUUGGACAUCGCUGUAUUACAUCUCUAUUAUGGUCAACAUCAAUUAGGAAUGGAUUUAGAUAUUUUGAGCCAGUGGAGAGGGAGAACUGUUAGUUUUUGUUUCCUUUCAGUAAUGAUAUGCCAGCACAGGAGUGCCACUGUAUGAACUGAUUGUGCCAAAAUGACCUGUUGUAUAGUUUUUUUUUUGUUUUUUUUUUUUCUUCUUUGUCAAGUAUAUACAUGCUGCUGUAAAAGCAAAGAGGGCUUUAAAGAUUAGUCAUGAAAUGUCGGCGCUAAAAUCCAAAGUAUGCUUUUUGAAAACCAUAAGGGACUGAAACUGAUCUUUGUUUCAAUAAAAUUCUUUAAAACCCUUAUUUAGGAAAUUCUGAACCAUUUGUUGUUCUCUCUUAUUAUGAAUUAGUUUGUUUUCCUUUCUUCUGUUUCACAGAACUGAUAUGAUUUAAAAAUCCAGCACUAUGGGAAAUCUUUCCGCAUCAGGG